GUGAAGAAAUUGAAAGUGUGGCGGGUAGUCGAUAUAAGUAACGGCCUUCGCCACUGAAAAACUAUUCUGCUGGUGAAUUUCAACGUGAGUGGUUGGAUCUAAAAGAUUUUCUUGUUGUUUUCCGCGUAAAUAUUUUUCCGCAUUUUGAACUGCGCAGUGCUUAAAUUUUACAUUAAAGAAGACAGUGUUUUGUUGUGCUAAAGAAGUUCAAUAGUGGAAGAAGCAUAAUAGAGAAUUUGUAAAGAUGUGGAUUAAAGUGACCUUUUUCCUCUCGACCCUCACGUUGAUUGCGGGCCUCCCGGUGAGGAAUAAACCCCUACCAAUUACCCAAGAGAGCAUCGAUGGACUCAAAUACCUGCUAAAAUUGCGACAAAUGCACCUACAAGAGCAACUCCAGCAACCACAAGAAUUCCUCUUCAGCUAUCGCAUCCCCUCUCAAGAUGAGCUCAGUGCUCCUGUAGAUCCUGAGGCGGCAGCUCUGCAGCAAAUGUUGCCACCUCAGGUAUCAAAUGAGCCCAACUACUACACCAUGAAGCCCCGCAAGGGCACAAAGAAAUACCAGCCCGAACAGAAACAAGUUCACCUGAGAAAUCCCCCACAGAAUCCCAUUGUCGUGGAAGAUGAGAAGCCCCUAAGGCACGAUUAUCCCUUUGAGGAUGUCAAUUACGAUCUCGGGGAGCAAUUCUAUUUGCCCGAAGCGGGAAAUCCCGAAGCUGUGGUUGUGGAAUCACCCAAUCAGACCCAACCCAAAGAAUUAAAUACAGGAGAGACCUACAGUGCCAUCCGCAGGAAGACAGAGCCCCAAGAGGCUGUACAGGAUCGUGUGGAAUUCCAAAUGCACGGACAUGCUGGACCCAAAAGCUACAAAUUCGGCUACGACACGGCAAAAACCGCCAGUUCCGAUUUGAGGAAGUCGACAACGAGGGAAAACUAAAGGGCCAUUAUGGGUACAUUGACAAGAGGGGUAAAGUUCAUAUUAUCAAAUACACAUCGAGUCCCGAGGAAGGAUUCAAAGCGGAGAAAGCCAGCUAGUUUUACACCAAAAUCUCUCCAAAAAAUGAAUCUAAAUUAUUCCUCAAGUGAAAAAAUACCCGCCUCUUUGUACCUUCUGACUCCAGAAAGAAAAGACGCAGAAAUUCCAUGAAUUUGUUGUCUCACUGUAAGAAAAUCUCCCACAAAUAACAUUCACACCACACUGGUUUUAUAUAUUUAUAGUGAUAAAAAAAGUGAACAAUAAAAGAAAUUGGUAAAUAGAAAAA